AUGGCACCCACGCCCUAUGUCUUUCCCAACCUGCAGCCUGCUCCGGCGUUGCAACAGCCGCAUGAUGACCUGGCCCUCGACUACAUCUCGCGCAUGCUCAUGGAGGAGGACAUUGUUGACAAGUUCAUAUACCAGUACCCUGACCCCGCCGCGCUGCUGCAGGCCCAGCAUCCCUUCGCACAGAUCCUCACCACCUCCGACACCACCACCUCAUCCGACAUGCUCAACUCAGCCUUGUCAAGCAGAAAUAUCCAGAACCCAGCCUUCUUUUUGAAUGGCAAGGGCACGGCAGAGCCCAACAACAGCAUGGAUGUGAUCUCGAGCAUGGCAUUCUUCAGAGGAAUGGAGGAAGCCAACAGAUUCUUGCCCAGAUGCAGCGGGGCGGUGGAGGGUAGUAACAUGCCUCACGGCACUCUAGCGUAUUCGCGAAAAAAAAACACGCCUCACGGCGGCGGUGGCAACAGGGCAGAAGCUGGAAGGAGCAGCAAGCAAAUGGCUGUGCAGGUGCAGCCUGAAUCCAAGGAGGAGAGCGACAUGUUGGACCAGUUCAUGCUCAACAGCUACGACAUGUGCACCACUGAGGCACGUGAGCGAGGUGACGAGGCGGAGCAGCAGUGCAUCUCCACCAAGGCGCCGCGUGGGAGGCGCGGCGCGAGGCUGGUGGUGGUGGACGACCUGGAGACACUGCUGAUCCGUUGCGCGGAGGCAGUGGCCACUAACGAUCAGCGCAGCGCGUGCGAGCUGCUGUGGCGGGUCAAGCGGCACUCCUCCCCAACAGGAGACGCCACACAGCGACUGGCGCAUUACUUCGCUGAGGGUCUAGAGGCACGGCUGGCUGGCAGAGGGAGCCAGCUUUACCGAUCGCUCAUGGUGAAGCGCACCCCCGUCGUCGAGGUCCUCAAGGCCUACAAGCUCUUCAUGUCCGCCUGCUGCUUCAUGAAGGUGUGUUUCCUCUUCUCCAACAAGACCAUCUACAAUGCCGUCAUGGGGAGACAUAAGCUGCACAUUGUGCACUAUGGUGUCAAUGACGGGUUCCAGUGGCCAGACUUGCUCCGGUGCCUAGCAGAAAGGGAGGGCGGCCCUCCGAAGGUGAGGAUCACCAGCAUUACCAGCCUCUGGCCAGGAUUCCGUCCUGCCGAGCAAACUCACGAUACAGGACAACGGCUCCGCCGCUGCGCAAAGCAGUUUGGCGUGCCAUUCGAGUUCCGCGUCAUCGAAGUCAAGGCAGAGGAUGUCCGGGUAGAGGAUCUCAACAUCAAUCCCGAUGAGGUUCUUGUCGUGAACAGCCUAAUCCAUUUUAGGUCCCUGAUGGACGAAAGUGUUGUCAUCGACAGGCUAAACCCCAGGGACAUUGUGCUCAACACUAUCAGAAAGAUGAAGCCAGCCGUGUUCGUCCACGCCAUCGUGAACGCGUCAUACAACACGACAUUUUUCGUGACACGGUUCCGCCAGGUGCUCCACAACUUCGCAGCACACUUUGAUGUGAUGGAAGCCACGGUGCCACGAGACAAUGAUGAGAGGCUGCUGGUGGAGCGGGACAUCAUCGCACGAUGUGCCAUGAACAUCAUCGCCUGUGAGGGGACAGACCGGGUGGAGCGCCCUCAAAACUACAGGGAGUGGCAGGCGCGGAACCAGCGAGCAGGGCUCAGACAGUUGGCACUGGACCCAGACCUUGUUCAGUUUUUGAAGGACAUGGUGAAGAAGCAGUACCACAAGCAUUUCGUGAUCAACGAGGAUCACCAAUGGCUUCUGCAGGGAUGGAAAGGACGCGUGCUCUACGCCAUCUCCACAUGGGUAUCUGACGAUGCUAGCAGCACUCAAGUGACAUAG